AUGAGCAAUUAUGAUUCACCUUCUCCACUUUAACCUAUCUUGAAUUUUAAUGAUGAAGAUGAUGCUAUGGAUCAUUUAGUAAAGGAAUACUAGAGUCAAGGAAUAAGUGAUUUAUCAAUAACAAAAUAUAAAUAUUUAGUAUAAAGAGGAUCAUAGAUGGUAAAAUGUUUGAAUAAUAUAUAUAGAUUCAUCCACCAUUGCCUAUAUAAAAUAAUAAAAGUAAAUUGAGUAAAUUUGUAAGUUCAUAAGAAUUACUUUAAGUAGAUAAAACAUUAGUUGAUAAAUUAGAAAAAGAUUAAAAAUGGUAACCAUAUAGAGACAGACUCUUUAAAAAUAAUUCUUAACAUAGUUUAAGGAGUUUAAAUGAUAAAAGUUCUAGUAAAAUAUAUACAGGAUAUGGUCCUUUAGAUGAAAUUGCAUUCUAAUUAGGACAUAAUAAAGCAUAAAUAAAACAUUAGAAUGAGUAACUGUAAUCAUUAAUUGAAUAAUAUUCGAUAAGUAAGAGUCAAUCAGUUGGAAGAUUACCUAGGAUUAAAUGUUAUCCAUCUAGAUUAAAUGAUGAUGGUUAGUUAUAAAAUAAGAAUUAACCAAAAGUAAUAGAAGUAAUUUAAGAUGCUUCAAUACCAAAUUAUUCUUUGAAUUGGGUUGAAAAAUUUUAUGGAAAAUGGAGACCUGCUAUGAGAGAAGGAGCAACAUUGAGUGUAAUUUAAAAUAAGUUUUAUUUAUAUGGUGGAAUUAGUGCAACUCCAUUUAAUGAUAUGAAUGUUUGGAAUGGAAAUGAAUGGUCUUAAAUUGAAAUAAUAGAUAAACCUCCAUUUGGAAGAACUAAUCAUAUAGCUGGAGUAUAUAGAAGGUCUAUAUUUUAUUUUGGUGGAGAAAAGCCAUAUGAUAAUGCAUAGAAAAUUAGAGAAAGUUUGAAUGAUUUUAGAGUUUUCAAUACAGAAACUAAUGAGUUUAAAAUUGUUAGAACAAGUGGAGAAGGAGUAGAAGUAAGAAGAGGAUAGUCUAGUACAUUUGUAGGGAAACAUAUGUUUAUUAUGGGAGGCAUAAAUACUAAAGGAAAGUAUUUAUCAGAUGCCUUUCAUUUUGAUGUCACAACAGCCAAAUAAGCUCCUGCUAAUAUUGAUACUUGCAAUUAUUUUUAGAAUGGAAUAGCAUUUCAUACUUUAGUUUCUGUUUAUAAUAACAACAGAUUAAUAUAACUUUAUAAAUCUAAUUUAGAUCCAGAAGAUUUGAAGGAUAUGAAAUAAAAAGUUGAAGGAAUAUAUUUAUUUGGAGGUGAAAAUAAAUAAGGUUAAUUAUAUUCUGGUUUCUAUUUAUUAAAUACAUAUCAAAGACCUAUGUAUUGGACUGAAGUUAAAGCUAAAGGUGUUCCUCCAUGUGCUAGAUAUAAACAUACAUGUAAUUAUUUUGAAAAGUAAUAAAUGAUUGUUAUCUUUGGUGGAAUUAAUAUUGAUUCAAUAUUCUUAAAUGAUUGUCACAUAUUCAAAGUCGAUUCUUAAACAUGGUGUAAUAUUUAAAUGGACUAUAGAGAUGGUAGAGCAGGUCAUUGUGCUGCUUAAGAUGAAAAUAGAUUAUUAAUAUUUGGAGGUUAUAAUGAAAAUGGUUUUGUUAAAGCUGACAUUAUGUGGUUAGAACUUGAUUCAAGUAUUCAAAUUAAAACAUAGAGAGAAAAACUAUCUAAUAUGGAUACUACAAAACAUGAAAAAAUGAAAGAGAAAUAAAAAGUAUAAGAUGAAUAAGAUAGAUUACUAAAACUUAGAGAAUAGAUUGAAUUAUUAUCAUUUAAAGGUAUAAAAUCAUUUGCUCCUAUGCCAUUAAUUAAAUAAAGAUCUAGAACCAGUUUAUGGAAAACUGUUCAAUCCAAAAAGUAAUAAAUGUUGCAAUUAAAAAUGAUUGAAGAAACCUAACAUCUUAUGAAAGAUUUUAAUAAUGAAUCAGCCUAAAGAAAUGAAGAAAAAUAAUAAGAAUAAUCAACCCCUAUAGUCAAUUAAUUAGAUCUUAAAAGAUUAAGUAAAAACUUUCGAUCAACUAAUUGA